UAUCAUUAAACCUUGCUUCACAAAUUAAUAUUGAUCAUGCAAAUAAAACUUUGGUAAAUUUCAUGUCGUCGCCUAGAAACGAUUUCUAACAACGUUACGAAUUUUUAGAGUCAAAUACAAAGAAACUUUUAUGUCUGUCUUGAGUCAUGAAAACAAAUUUAAUUAAAUACGCCAAUGUCAAAAGAAGAUGACGUAUUGGAAUUAAAGAACCAAAUUCUAAAUUUAAAAAAAGAGAAUGGUUGCAUAAAAUCAGAAAAUAGCCUUUUGAAAGUUAGAAUACGAAAACUACAUGAAGAAAUUCAAAAGAAAAACAAACAAGCUGAGACAUUAAUUAAUCCUACAAAGAAUGCUCAUAUAAGGAGGAUGAUUUCCGAAAAAGGAGUUUCAAUCAUAUUACGUCUCAAGGAGGAGAACUUGAAACUACAAAAAAUGUUACUUGAAAAAGAACUUACUAUAAAACGGCUUCAGAAUGAUUUAAAAAUAAGAAGAACUUAUGGCUUAAAACCAGCUAAUAAUUGUGGUAUGUCAGUGAAUAUAUCUCAAAGACCUAAUGAAAUGGAACUAUCUAAAAAUGUCAAUAUCCCUGUACCUUCAUUUAAAUCUCAAGAAAUAGGUAAACCUCCAAGAAAGAGAAAAAAUGGUAUUUUGAAGAAUACUGAUGAAGCAAAGCACCCACCAACUAUCGAUGUUACGCACAAGAUAAGAACAGAGGAAGCGAUUUCUCCAAGUACAUGCUCGCUGUCUGAUAAUUCGGAAGCAUAUACAUCACAGAAACAUAUGCUUUUGGCAAAUAUUCUAAGAGAUUUUGAAGGUAUUGUUUUGAAGAAGCAGUCUUUUUUUCAUUUAGAAAGCAAUAUAGACGGAGGAACCACUACAUUCAGAUCGACAGCGAAUACACAAAACAUUCAGGGCGACCAAGCAGAAAAUCUGUAUGAAUUAGAUAUUUUUGAUACAUCAUGUGGCAAUUCUCAUGAAGAAAUAAAGCAGCUUCAAUUUAGCUUUAUGGAAAUGCUAAGUGAAAUAAAGAAUUUAAAAUUAACAAUGGCACAACUAAUGGAAAUUCAGAAAAGCAACGACAAAGAUGAAGAAUCAAAACGAAGCGAAAUUUCUGAACAUUGUGAAAAAGAAUCAUUCGCAAAUAUCACACAAAACAAUAAAAAAUGCUUUUCUGGUCAAAGCACGUUACAGCCUUUCCAUCAACGUAUUACUGAAGAAAAAUAUACUCAGCAUGCUACAGUUGCGACUGAUGAAGGUGAAACUUCUCGUAUAGGGAUGGAAACAAACAACGAACGAAACAAUGACACUGACUUUGAAACGGAACGUCUAAAAAAAUAUCAUAAAUUACUUUACAAUAUCAAGGAAAGUUCUGAAUCUUUACUCGCAAACGAUACCAAUGAAGAUACCUAACAAUAAGUAAUUAAGUAACCAUUACCAAUGUUGUUAUUUUAAUUUUUUAAAUGGACGGGUGAUUGAACUAUUUUGUAAGUUCAUGUACCAUUCGUUUCUUUAUUGCUAUGUACGAACUGCGGGGAUAGUUCCUUAAGAUAAUUAUAAGUUAUGGACGAUUGGAAACUGAUUCACAAUGGGAAAUUCUUUAUUAGUAUUUUCUCUAUCAUUCAAAACAGUUUUGCUUUUUCAUUUUUUGCUAAUCACAUUUGUCAUAAUGAAUUUAAACAUUUCUUACCUUUUUAAAACACCACUUCAGUCCUCCAUGCAUGCUUGGUAACAAUAUUGUACUAACUUUCAAUAAAGUGUAGUGUUUGAAAAAAAUUUUUAUUUU